AUGCAAGCCGCACUUGAGCCUUUCCACGAGGCAUAUGCCAGUGGUCUGGCGCAACCCGUCGCAGACUUCCUCAGUCCAGUUGCUCCUGCACAUGAUCCCGGCCGGCUGUACGACUUCUACCGCGCUUCCAGCGACGACAAGAUUGAGGGCGAUGUUCGAUAUGCGCUCAAAUACAACAAGAACACACGCAUGACCAACAAGGAGGCUGGCGCGUGGAUUGACAUCAUUGCUGCUUACUGGCGCGCUGUCAGAGACAUUAUCAAGACUGACGAAGCAGCGAACCAAGGCAGGCUCAAUGCGAAUCACUACGUGGCUGUGUACGAUGCAUGGAAGGACUUGACAAGCAGCUUCAUCAAGCACAUCAGCGCUGGACUACUUCCACCAUGGGCCAUCUUCACCCUAUACUUCACUGCGAAUCAUCUUAGGAAGAUAGCAAUCAGAGCGGACGAGCAGUUGGCCAAGUCGAAACCAGCAACUCUCAAUACUGGCUACUCGGACGAUAUCGUAAGCACAGCCCCGCAGAACCAGAAGCUUGAAGAAGCUGCGCGAGUCUUCAACAGGAUAUUUGCUCUUUGUCUUGGUGACAGGAACCCAGACAUGUCAGAAUCGCGAAAGUGGGGUGUAUACUGCAUAGCCAACCUUCAGUUUAAGACAUACUUCAAGUUAAAAGCCAUAAGCCUGUCUAAAAACGUCGUGCGAUCCAUCGAAGCACAAUCUGAUUUACCUACAUUCGAACUGUACCCGCGAGCGCAUAGAGUCACAUACAGGUAUUAUCUGGGAGUACUAGCAUUCCUACAGGAGGAUUAUGCCAAAGCGGAAAGCAGCUUGCAACAAGCAUGGGAAUCUUGCUGGUCGAAGUCGCAAAAGAACAAAUCGCUCAUUCUUACAUACCUCAUACCCUGUCGCCUGAUCACCCAACACAAGAUUCCUACGGCUAGUCUUCUCGCUGAGGCGCCUCGUCUAGAACGCAUCUUUGGCCCCCUCGUAUCAUGCAUAAAGCGAGGCGACCUCACAGGCUUUGACAAAGCCCUAGCGGAUGGCGAGCCCGAGUUUGUCAGACGGCGCAUCUUCCUCACUCUAGAGCGGAGCCGGGACAUCGCCUUGCGCAACCUUCUCCGAAAGGUCUACCUAGCUGGUGGCUUCGACGAUCUCAAGGAAGGACAAACGGAGAAGGACCGGAUACGGAAGUCGCGAGUACCACUAGCGAACUUUGCCGCCGCACUCAGGAUGGGCAUUGCAGGCGAAGGCAGCGGCCAAGCCGUCGAGGACGAUGAGGUUGAAUGCUUAUUGGCAAACCAGAUCUACAAGGGUCUCAUGAAGGGGUACAUCUCGCGCGAACACGGCAUGGUAGUGAUGAACAAGAAGGGCGCAUUUCCAGGGACAGGGGUCUGA